UAUGCAAUUCACAAUGGCUUCUUUCGUAUGGUCCACACUAGCUUUUCUUGUGGUUUUACUUGCUACCACAAAUGCCGAAGUCAUUGAUCUGCGGUGGGACGUCGAUGUUAAUAAUGCAUUCGGGCCUUCAUCAUCUGCACAACCGGUUAUAACCAUUAACGACAAAUUCCCAGGACCGCUUAUUAAUUCAACAACCAACGACAUUGUUAGAGUUAACGUUUUCAACAAUCUAGACGAACCCCUUCUUUUCACGUGGAAUGGUAUUCAACAGAGACUUAACUCCUGGCAAGAUGGAGUGUCAGGGACUAAUUGUGCAAUUAAGCCUGGCACCAACUGGACUUAUGCAUUUGUAGUAAAAGACCAGAUUGGUACUUUCACUUACUUCCCUUCUAUCAACUAUCAAAAGCUUGCUGGCGGGUUCGGCCCAAUCCGGGUCAACAAUCGUAUCGUUAUCAAUGUCCCCUUUGCUAAACCCGAAGCCGAGUUUGAUCUUCUCAUUGGUGAUUGGUCUUUUACGGAUUAUAAGGCCAUUAGGUCAAGGCUUGAAGCUUCAACUGAGGUUCCUGAUAUGAUAUUGAUCAAUGGCAAAGCUCCAUACGGGUAUUCGACAUCGAAACCUUACGAGUCUCUGGGUGUCACUAAAGGAAAAACAUAUAGAUUCAGAGUAUCAAAUGUCGGAUCUACACUGAGUUUCAACUUCAGGAUCCAGAACCACAAGAUGGUCGUAGUUGAGACCGAAGGAUCGUACACAAACCAGAUCACACUAGACUCGCUUGACGUGCAUGUCGGACAGUCAUAUUCGGUUCUAGUGACUGCAGAUCAAGAUGAUGCUGAUUACUACAUUGUAGCAACUCCUAAGAUGUUAAACACCACAGAUGAUAGCCCGCUUGUCGCUAAAGGCGUCUUGCAUUACACCGAAUCGGGUUCGCGUGUUAGCGGUCCUCUCCCCACUGGCCCUGACCCUUGGGACAUUGAGUUUUCAGUAAACCAAGCAAGAUCAAUCAGAUGGAAUAUGACAACAGGUGCUGCACGGCCUAACCCACAAGGAACAUUUAACGUGUCCAAUGUGACAUUGACCGAGACUAUCAUCCUUCACGGGUUACAAGCGAAUAUUCAAGGCUCAUACCGCUACGCGGUCAAUAACAUAUCAUAUUCAACACCGGAUACGCCACUAAAACUGGCUGAUUAUUAUGUCAACGGGUCUGGAGUUUACCGGCUAGGUGAAUUCCCUAUCCACUCCGUCAAUGAAGAAGCUGCCUAUGGCGUUUCAGUUGUGAAUGCCACUCAUAAAGGGUGGCACGAGAUCAUCUUUCAAAACGACCUGAGUUCAAUGGAUUCUUGGCACUUGGAUGGCUAUGGAUUUUAUGUUGUCGGUUUUGGUGAUGGAGAAUGGACACCGGGAUCACGGGAUUCGUACAAUUUAUAUGAUCCGGUGGUUCGGUCCACGGUCCAAGUCUACCCUGGAGGGUGGACCGCGGUGUAUGUUUUUUUAGACAAUCCCGGAAUGUGGAACUUGAGAUCACAACAUUUGAAACGUUGGUAUUUGGGGCAAGAAUUGUAUAUUCGGGUUCAUGAUGAUGAUCCGAACCCGGCUAAAGAAAAUCCUCCACCGGAAAACAUCCUUCUAUGCGGUGAGUUUGGUGAGCCGGUAGCACCAGGUAGUGCACCAGAGCCUCAGCUGGGAUGGUGAUGAGUGGCGGAUGAUAGUGUAACGUCGUGUCGUGGUGGUGGUUCAUGAACGUCUUUUCGCUAGCAAUAAUGUGUUCGAGUGAUAACAUUUGUAUUUUUUUAAUCACUACUAUUUCAUUUUAAUAACUAAAAUGACAACUUUUUUUAUAGAUUAUUUGUUACACUUGCAA